AUGAAGAAGUUCACGUUCAAAGGUGUUUUGGACGGUAUACGGUCCUCGGUGGCGCCGCAGAUCAAACCCGACCAGGAUAUUGUCGAGACGCUCCGGCCCGACUACUUCCAAGUGGCCAAGACGUUUCGUCAUGGUUUUCCGUACCAGCCGACUGCUCUUGCAUUUGACCCCAUACAACGAUUGUUGGCCAUUGGUACUAAAAAUGGAUCUUUACGAAUAAUUGGAAGACCUGGAGUAGAUGCACAGGUUAGACACGAAUUAGAGGCGGCCGUUGUUCAGGUGGAGUUUCUGAUGAACGAAGGAGCAUUGAUCACGGUAACCGCUGACGAUAGUUUACACCUAUGGAAUUUCAGACAAAAAAGAGCUGACGUUGUUCACAGUUUAAAAUUUCAACGAGAAAGAAUUACAGUUAUACACCUUCCACUCCGUAGCAAGUGGCUGUACGUGGGUUCGGAAAGGGGAAAUGUACAUUUCGUCAACGUUGAGACGUUUACCCUUUCUGGCUACAUAAUAAAUUGGAAUAAAGCCAUUGAAGUGACCAGACCUACCCAUCCAGGACCCAUCGUGCACCUGAGCGAUAAUCCUGCAGAUUCCAGCAAGUUACUCAUUGGCUUCGAGACUGGUCUAAUGGUGUUGUGGGACCUGAAGACAAAGAAACCCGAAUGCCGCUGGCAAUGGGGUGACUCGCUCAAGUCAAUAGAUUGGCAUUUUGAAGGGAAACAGUUUACGUGCAGUCACAAUGAUGGCAGUCUAACCACGUGGAAUGUCAAGCCGUCUUCAAAACCAGCAAAUAUAAUUUAUCCUCACGCAAAAAAUAAAACAGAAUCAUGCAAGCCAAUUCAAAAAGUUGAAUGGAAAUCAUCAAAAUCUGGCGAAUCGUAUUUGAUAUUUUCCGGAGGGUUGACCGCCGAUACUGCUGGCCGCGUGCCCAGUAUAACGAUCAUGCACGGGAAAACGACUACCGUUCUCGAAAUGGACCACAACAUCGUCGACUUCGUUACGCUGUGCGAAAGUCCUUACAACAGCGACGUCCAAGAACCGUAUGCCGUAGCAGUACUCAUGCAAAACGAUCUUGUGUUGAUCGACCUCCUCAGUUCGGGAUACCCGUGUUUUGAGAACCCACAUCCGAUGGACAUUCACGAGUCACCCGUUUCGUGUGUCCAUUACAUCGCCGAUUGUCCGUCGGACCUGAUACCAGCGUUCUAUUCGGUCGGCUCGAGAUCUGCAUCUAAACGGACCGGCUACAGCGAGAAUAAGUGGCCCAUUGCUGGCGGUGAGUGGAGCCCGACAUCCUGCAGCUACAACGAGAUCAUUCUCACUGGGCACACGGAUGGUAGCGUUCGGUUUUGGGACGCAAGUGCCGGCAGUCUACAAGUACUGUACAAACUGAAAACUGCCAAGGUAUUCGAAAAGGCCAGGUCAAAAUCACCAGAAGGCGGUGACGAAGAUCAAUUUUCCGUGCAACUGUUGUCGUUCUGUCCGGAGAGCAGAAAAUUAGCAGUUGCCGGCAUCUCGUCAUACGUCGUGCUAUUCAAAUUCCGCAAACUUGAAUCCACGUUCGAAACCACGAUGCUUGAAAUACCGAUAUACUCGGAGAGUCUGGACGAGGCUGCCGAGAGCUCACCGGAAGAAGCGCCAUCGAAACCGCCGGGCGCGUCCGAUGAUAGUUCCGCGCUGGUCAAGGUCCGAACCGGGCCUCAGAAGAAACCACCCGGCUUCCAAGCAUGUCUGGCGUGCGUGACGCCUUCCACCAAUGGCGAACCACCCGGUCAGAUUACCGCCCUCACGAUUAAUUCAUCGUACGGACUGCUCGCCUACGGUCUGGAUAAUGGUAUUGUGAUAGUAGACUUUAUACAAAAAUGUGUUCUCCUAAACAUCAGCACUGCCGACAUGUACGGCAGUGCGGACCCAUACCAAAGAGCUCCCAGGUCGCCAAAACGAACAACCGCUUUGAGCGAGACCAGCGACGGCGAACGAUGUCGGUCCCCCAGUAUCGAUCAGGGCCUCGAAGACGAAGCCGAGGAACUGGAAGAACUCAGCAAACUGGCCCUGAGCCCGGUGGGCGUGUACUCAACCCAGGUAUCACCGAAUCCUGCCGAUUGGCUGGACGACACGACCGAGCGGGCGGAAGAGGCGCUCGUCCUAAUACCGGCCACUGCGCCGGAACCCGAGGAACUGGCGGAACCCGGAGAACCACCCCCGCAGCCGACGCCACCGACGGUUACUGCGUCUUCGGAACCGGCCACCCCAGCGCCGGUCAAAGGAAACGGCCGUCGGACCAGUCACUCAUGGCGGGGCCUGAAGAAACAGCUGAGUCGCGUAGAUUUGAGACUGAAGAACACGUUCAACGCGACGCCAGCCAAAAACAAGGCGUCCACCUUCUACGGCAGCGGUAGUGGUGAACAACCGGAAACUGAUGAAGUCGGAAACAUCGGCACGGUUUCCACGACCGCCACGACCACGACCACCACUACCACCGGUCUACCUCAAAUCAUAACCGAAACCGAUGGUCAAGAACAUCGGCCGGACGGUGGUAGCACGCAGUCGCAGGCUGUUGACCAAUCAUCUGCUUCGGCCGCGGCCACCAGGCCUACGGAGCUUAAACUGUUCGACCGCGAUGGCAAGCCCAUUAAACCCCCACGGUCUACCAAAGAGCACCGGAAACGAACGUCACUGGACAAGCAAGGCAACCUAUCAGCGGGGUCUUCGCGGGACGCCCGACUCUUGUCAGUGCCCAACAUCAAAUACAGCCAAAGGGACCCGAGACAUAACCGAUCGAACAACCAAGCGUUCAUCAACCUCAUUAAACGACUAAACAAGUUGGACAGCUCGUUCUCCAGAUCACGGAGUUCUAGUAUGUCGAGCUUAGAUAACAUCACCACGGAGUCGAUACAGUGUUUGACGUUCGGCGAUUCGUACACGAAGAAAUCCGAUCCGUCUAACUUCCCGACCCUCUGGAUAGGCACCAGCGUGGGGUCGGUGCUCACAAUAAUGAUCAAUCUACCACCUCCCGGAGAACCCAGGACCACGCAACCCGUAACCGUCGCCCCUUGUGGUACGAUAUUCAGACUGAAGGGCGGAGUGCUUACCAUGUCGUUUCUGGACUGCAACGGUGCAUUAAUACCCUACGCGUACGAAGCGUGGAGAGACGAGGGCCGAGACAAACAAAAAACGCCAACCAAAAACUCGAGCGGACUGAACCGUAUGUCACCAGCGCUAACGGGUAGCUCGGAGAGUGUGUCCAGCAAUCCCGGGGGCGUCAGCGGUUCGAGUGUCGCACAGCUCCAGCAACAGUCGCAGGUAUCGUGCGACCGACAGUUCGUGACCAUCGUCAGUGAGAAACAGGUCAGGGUAGUGGCCCUGCCGUCGCAGAACUGCGUCUCCAAACAUGUGAUACCCGACGCCGACUUCAUGGUCAAAUCUGAAGUCAUAUCCAUGAAAGAUAGCGUAUGCCUGGCAUGUUACAUAUCCAACGGCCAUAUAAACAUCUAUAGUCUGCCGAGUCUCAAGGUGCUGGUGGAUGUCGACUUCCUGGCGCUGUCCGACCUAAGUUUUCAGACCCAGAAACAGGGCAUAGUUGACCCAAUGUUAUCCAUAUGGGGCCAACAGAUGUUUGUCAAUGAAGACACUGACCAAAUUGCCAAGACGUUUUGCUUCAGUAAUCGAGGACAUGGAUUGUUUUUGAACACGCCGUCUGAGGUGCAGAGAUUUUCUGUUUCCACUGAAUUCUGCCAAAGUCUACCAGAAAUGAUGGGUGAGCUGUUUCAACCUCACGAGAUGCCUGAACCGCCUAAGCAAAGUUUCUUUAUAGGACUCUUUGGAGGUGGCUCUAGAUCCAUCGACCGUGAAGAACUGUUUGGUGAGUCUACCAGCGGUAAGGCACCGAAACUUGUGGCCAAACUUGUGCCCGGUCCGUCAGCCCAAUUAGACGCUCUUGGCAAUCGAGCGAGCACGGCGGCCAGCGAAAUAUCGAGAGCCCAUCUAUUGGCUGUGGAACGUGGUGAGAAGCUCAGUAACCUAGAAGAUCGCACCGCUAGGAUGAUGAACGAAGCCGAACAGUUUUCCUCCAAUGCCCGAGAAUUGAUGAUGAAGAAUAAGGACAAACGAUGGUACCAAUUGUAAACCCAUCGCUUUAAUUUUGUUUUUCUCUUCCUCGGUAUAUAUACUAUCUCCCCACUCUUUCUUUUUCUCUCUUUCUCUCUCUAUAUAUAACUAUCUUACACAUAAUAUAUACACAAACGUAUUAAAAUGUCACCCACACACCGAAAAAUUGUAUUUAAAAAAAAAAAUUUCCUUGUUAACAAAUUUCGCUUUAAAGAUAUAAAAAAAACUAUUUCGCUAAAUAUACUCUCGUGCCAUCUAAUUAAAUAAAAUAUUAGACGUUAAUUAACGUGGUUAAACAUAGUCUAACCUAUUACCUAUUUAUAGGUAUGUACAUAUGUGCAUAUAUUUUACUAUUCAUCGAUUAAAUUAUUUGCGAUUUUAGUCGACCGCAAGAACAUAAUAUUAUUAUAUCGACACGCAGACAUACCAUCCCAUUACUAUAAUAGUAUUACGUCGAGGAACACAACAAUUUAUCGUCGUUCAUAACCAAUUUAUUCUUUUAAUUUCAACCGAAAAAUGAUACCACUCGUUGAUAAUAUGUGUAUAUGUAUAUAUAAAUGUGAGUACAUAUACAUUAUAUAUAUAUAUAGUGUAAUUAUUAUUUUAAGGAUAAUAAUAUAAACUCAUUAGUCAUUUGAUUGCAUAUUUAUAUUGUAUUACUCUUAAAAUAUGAUUAAAUCAACAUAAAAAACGGGCUGUGGUUGUAGUAAUAUAAGUAAGGUGUAUUUAAGUCAUAAAUAUAUUAAAUUGAUAGUUUCUUUAUAUAUUAUAUAAUAUAUAUAUAUAGAAAUAAUAAUUCGCGGUUCUUACCAUAUGUGCUAAAUUAAUAGCGAUCGAGUAAGGAAAAUCAAAACUAAACAAGAUAUAUCUCAAUAGGUACCUAGAUUUUAAUGCCCGCCGGAUGUAUUUUUAUAAGAGUAUAUUGUAUACCUCUGCUAAAAGUUAAGUAUACCAAAAUUGUACAAUUACCAUCCUGUGUGUGUGUGUGAAUGUGGCAGGCUGUUGUGAUUAUUAUGAAGCGAUUUGUGCCUUAAAAGUAAGAUACUAUAUAUUAUAAUAUAUAGUCUACGGUGAAAUAAACUGUUUCUAGGGGCUAUUAAUAUUAUAUUGUAGUGUAAAUUGUUAUAUUAUUAAUAUUUUCUUUGAUAUAUUUAUAAUCGAACGGGAUUUAUAUAGAUACGUUGUAGGUAAAUGUAAUAAUAAUAAUAAUAAGAGAAUCAUGAUGUGUUUUCUGUUUCACGAUAUUUGGCCUUCCGAAAUACGAACACGAUAUUAUAGUAUAAAUUUUAUUACUUAUUAAAAUCGUAUAGAGCGUGAGGGAAAAAAUAAAAAUCUCUCCUAGCCUGAAUAAAUGCUGCUUUACCUCAACAAAAAUCUUUACCCUAAUAAUGGUUUUCCCAUUUUUUAAAGUCUAGUCAAAUGAUAUAAAAGCCGCGUAACUGUAUCAAGAAUGAGUGAAUAUAAUAUUAUAUACGACCAAGUCAUACAGAAUUCGUUUGGGGAUCAAUACGUUUUAGCUUAUAUAUAUACAUAUUAUAUAUUUAUAUCUAUUUAUUAUAAUAAUAUAAAAUUAUUAUUAUUAUUAUUAUUACACUAAUUGUAGCUGUUAUAUUUUUUUCCAAAAUAUUUUCUCAUUUCGUACUUGUUUUUCUAUAGAUUAAAAAAUAAUAUUAUACUAUAAUGUAAGCAAAAUAACAUUAGUUUUAAUUUAAGAAUAUUUAUUUAUAACUACACUACAAUUAUGUGAAGAUAAUUUUACGUUUCCCUGUACAUAUAUAUUAUACUAUAUUAUAUUAUAGUGAUAAUUAUAUUUAUGUGUACGGUAUGUGCGUCAAAUAUGGCUCUCGAGGGAUCUCGUCUCGGGUCUAUCGUGAUUUUCAUGUAGCUUUUUCGUUAUCUCAACAAGAACACAAAAAUAUUUACGGACGUCUAUUUUGUUUUCGUAAAAUACAAUAUUAUUGUAUGUAUCAUACAAAUUCUAAAUGAACCAGUCUUAAUCGUUACGUAUAAUACCUAUCGUAUUAUUAUAUUUACUCCCAUACGGCACAUUAUACACGAUUAAAAAAACAUUAUUUUUUCCCCAACAUAAUGCUAUUUCCAUGCCCAUGCACAAUAAAACAUACGCGCACAUUACCUCGAACAAUUUUCCACCAUAAUAGAACCGCCUGUCAAUGUUUUAAUUUCUUGUGCGUAAGUAAUUUUUCCGACGAGUAAUUUUUCACGAUUCGCUCGCGCGACUCUUUCCUUCUCUCCGGCUCAACGACGCUACCACUGGGAUAGGAAAAUCGUUAUUGAUGGAAAUUUGGCCCCGCAGGACCCGAGCGAGAUGCAACAGACAAGCCAUAAAUUACCGGAAAAAAAGAAUAAUAAUAAGAAUGUGAUAUAAAAAAAUAAUAUAUAUAUACAAAAUCCACUGGUUAAAAAUUGUUCUGUUGACACUUAUUGUUUUUUUAUCAUUUUAAAAUAUAUA